CGCGCUCGCUCGUGCCAGGGAGAGACGCGCGCUGACAGAAGCGCGGUACGUGCUUUGAGUUCCAAACAGAUGUGCGCCAGUAGAAAUGGGAGACGCAAAAACACGUUAUUAAAAAGUGCUGAAAUGUAUUUAAAUAUUAUGCGUGUGGUGAGACAAGCAGGAUAGUGAAAUGCGUCUCGCGCAUCUCGAGUCACCAUUGCACGUCAGUCAAGAAACGAUAUUAACUUCAGCAAUCGCCCUUGCACGUAAUUGCAUUGCGUUUAAAUGCUUUUUAAAAAUGAAAUAAAAACGUGCCGUUUCAGUCUGCAUCCGAUCAGCAAAGCAGCCCCACGCAAUUGUGGUCUCUCUCUCUCACGCGCUUGCUCGCUCGCGCUCACUCUGUCAGCUCAGUCCGUCUCUCCGUCGGUCUCAGUCAGCGCUUGGCAAAGGAUAAUAAACUGCUUUUCCGCAGCAAUACGUGGUCUAAAGAGAAGCCUGCAACAGAGGGAUUUCUCGGAAGGUUCAAGGGACCCCUGGUCGGUCGUGAUGUUUUAGGCGGGCGGACCUGUUACUUUGAAGCUGGAAUCCAGACUAUCAAUGCAGAAGAGACUUUAAAUUUCACCUUGAAUGCUGUUUUAUCCAAGCGAAAUAACGCUUUGAAUAGAUUCACAGGCUGACGGAUUCACACUAUUCACAGGCCGUUCAUAAGGAGAACAGUCAGAAGGUCAAGAACCAUGAGUUACAGCUGUGGCAAGCGACGCUAUAACCUUAUAACACGGACCAUGUAAAAUGAGGACUGUGUUUGGCAUCAUGUUUCCCGUACAGCUGUGACUGCCCUCAAGACGCUUUUUCCCUGAACCUGUCCAACUAAUCCUAUUGGUCGUCUAUCUCCCGAGAUCAGUCGUCUUAUUUUGAGCCCUAACCUUUUUUCUUUCCCUGUUGAUCAAACAAAUCCAAUUUUGCUCCAAGAAUGGCCUACAGUUUUAGCCUCCGUUGUGCAUUUCCACCCACCUUCCUUCUCCCCCUGUUUUUCCUUCUCCAUGCACCUUCCAUUGUGAGAGGUGACUGCUGGCUAAUUGAGGGAGAUAAAGGCUACGUGUGGCUGGCGAUCUGCAGUCAGAACCAGCCUCCCUAUGAGACAAUACCACAGCACAUUAACAACACCGUCCACGACUUACGACUGAAUGAGAACAAGCUCAAGGCGAUUUUCUUCACCUCACUUAGCCGGUUUACCAACCUCACCGACCUCAACCUCACCAAGAAUGAAAUCUCCUACAUUGAGGAUGGUGCCUUUGCAGGACAGGCCAAUCUGCAGGUCUUGCAGUUGGGUUACAACAAGUUAACCAACCUUACAGAAGGAAUGCUACGAGGGUUGGGUAGAAUGCAGUGCCUAUAUCUUCAGCAUAACCUAAUAGAGGUCAUCGCAGUCAAUGCCUUCUGGGAGUGUCCAAGCCUUAGCAGUCUUGAUCUGUCCUCAAACAAAUUAGCAAAGCUGGAUGAAUCCACUUUCACCGUUUUGGGGCGGCUAAUAGUGUGUGAACUGGCUGGAAACCCUUUCCAUUGUGGCUGUGACUUGUACAGCUUCCUCAUCUGGCUGGAGGCUUUUGACAACGUCACUCACACCUAUGACAGACUUCAAUGUGAGACGCCCAAAGAACUAUUUGGUUUCCCUCUGUUGAGUCCCAGAAGUAAUCAUUUAAGAAAUGCUCGUGUCAUCCUGUAUUCUAUGUGCAAAAAAGGAAUUAAUAGCAUAACUGCCCUGCCUGACUUUCUGACAGAGUCUUCUGGAGUGGAAAUUAAUGUUUCUGAUCAAGUGGGACCUUAUCAACAGCCCACAGCUUCGUCGACAACAGACCCCACCUACAGUCCCUCUAUUAAGCUGCAAACUGUGUCCCUCUACACUGCAUCCUUUUUGGUACAUAUUCCCAAGCCCUAUAGUAAGAUGUAUAUUUUAGUACAGUACAACCACUCUUACGUGUCUGACAUCAUGAACUUAAAGAAGAAAAAAGAGAUUGUCAUAAUAAACAAUUUAAAACCCCACACAAACUACACUUACUGCGUUGCCUCAAUUCGCAAUUCCCAGCGGUACAAUCAUACCUGCCUGUAUUUUGCCACGCGGGCUCCGGGGCCUGACGACUUGAAAGCGACCCCCUCAACCACCUCUCAUUACAUUAUGACUAUUGUAGGCUGCCUGCUUGGAAUGGUCAUUGUGUUGGGUUUGGUGUACUACUGCCUGCGUAGGCGUCGAAUACAGGAGGAAAAAGAAAAGUCUAUCAGUGUAAAGAAAACCAUUUUGGAGAUGCGCUAUGGGCCCGAAGCUGCUGCUGCGGCAGCCAAGGAUCCUUCCACCUUGCAGAAACUCCACGACCAGUCCCAUCACCAUCACAGCAAACUGCCUCAAUCAACCUCUUCUAGUUUGGGCAUCCUCCAUGGCUCUGCCAACACCACGUCCUCUCGACUUUCCUCACUGCCACAGGUCGAGAAAAUGGCCACAGCUUUCUCAGAGGCCAUCUCCACCAAUAAGUGUAAUUACAUGGAUGUGCGGACAUCAGCGGGAGGAGAGGAGCGAGUGAGAGAUGGAGUUGUAACAGGUUUAGGGGAUGAAAUGGCAAGAGAACAAAAUGGGAUUAACGGAGCGGAUGACUCUGAUGACGACGGCCGAGAUUCAACUUCAGAGAUCUCCACUAUUGCCAAGGAGGUGGACAAGGUAAACCAGAUUAUCAAUAACUGCAUUGAUGCCCUUAAACUAGACACUGUAGCUGUUGUGGCAGCCGCUGCGGCCACUGUGACUACAACGGAUAACACUGCCUCUCCACCACCUCCGGGUGUCACAUCUUUAGCUAGAGGGUUAAUCCCACUUUCCCCUACCAUCACUGAGACAUGCCAGAUCAUGUCCUCCCCUAAAAUCCGUCUUCCACCCCCUGUUCCCCUCAUUUUACCCCUUUCUGAACGGCCAGGCAUCAGCGGAGGGGGCUUCCUCUCCCCUCCCUACAGGGACCCACCCCCAGCCACAGCAUCACGGCCCCUGCAGAGACAACUCAGCGCAGAUGCUGCAGUUGUUCCAAUCAACUCUGUCAAAAACCGCUGCAGUGUUUCUUCAGGCAGCUCUGUUAAAAGCGCACGGCUUUACAGCGUGGACAUCCCCGACCCUCGCAACCCAGAGCCGUGCAAGUACCCUGAGAAAGGCAGCCCUGUCCGGUGCGGGGAGCCGCUAGAGAGGCUGCCCUUAAUUGGGGUUCAGGGAGUCAGUAACGGCAGAGGAGAUGGUGGCAGCAGGGGUGGAAGGGGAGCCGGUGGUGGCAGUGGUGGUUCGGGUGGGUGCGGUGUUGUGGUGGGAGGUGGGGGCAGCACAGCUCAGCAGCACCACCUGGAGGUGCACCCAGACUACCACUGCUCAGAGCACCGACACUCCUUCCCCGCCCUCUACUAUGAGGGUGCCACUGACUCCCCUGCCCAGAAAGUCUCCUUCCUGAAGCCUCUCACUCGCACCAAGAAGGACACUGCCUACUCCCAACUUUCUCCCCGUCAUCACAAUUACUCGGGGUAUUCCUCCAGCCCUGAGUACUCCUCCGAGAGCACUCUCAAAAUCUGGGAGCGCUUCAGGCCCUACAAGAAAAGCCCUCGCGAGGAGGCCUACAUAGCGGCAGGCCAUGCUCUUCGAAAGAAAGUGCAGUUUGCAAAAGAUGAAGAUCUGCAUGACAUUCUGGACUACUGGAAGGGAGUGUCAGCGCAGCAGAAACUGUGAUGGUUGUGAGAGACACGACGGCAGGAGAAGAGGUUGUGGAUGGCUCUUGAGACAGCUAAGCAGACUUCAUCAGCAGGUGCUUUGGUCCCUACAGAGACAAGUGUUCUGAAAGAGACAGAUUUAAGCAGGUGUUCCAAACUCAUUAAGGCAUAGAUAAGCAACCAACCAGAAAUGCACAGGAAAUGUGGCACUUAAAAGGCAUCAAGUCUCAUUUUAGCAUCUCUGCGUUUUACCACAUGUACUGUACCACCUGUGAUCUUUCCCCACUGUAGUUUGACAAGAUAAUGCUCUGAAAUGAGGAAUCAGCGGUCUUUGUUUCACAAAUGUUUGAGUUCACUUUAAAGGGACGGUAACAAUCGAUGCCUAUCAAGAUGAUUGGUGAUGGUGUUAAUUAGCACACAAGAAAUAAUAAAAGGGCGUGAAUUUAGCUUACAGGUCAUAACAUAGCCACCCUCUUCCCACCCAUACCCUAGUCUCUAUUCAAGCAAAGCAUAUUCAUUGAUUUGAGACACCUACACAUGCUUUACAGUGUGUGUGGGAAACACUUAUCAAACCAGAGGCAGCCAUUUGGAUGUGCUUAGCAUUCAGAAAGUGGUACAAUUCGAUAAAACACAAUGCUAAUUCUCUUUUGGCAUUGGUUUGUGGCAGAGUCGGCUCUUUGCCUCAAAGCCAUUUUCUUCUUUGUUUUGUCUCUUUCUGCAGUUUUUGUCCAAAGAGUGUAAUGUGGGGUUUGAGGGUUGGAGAUUUUAAAUUUAGGGGAGCAGAUCUGGAAAAGAUUUAUGACUACAAAUGGCAGCUAGAUAUAGAACCCAGUAUAAUAAAGGAUGGACAUCCAAAUGGUUUAUAGUUAGGGACACAAUGCACAAAGAGUUCGACUUUUGGAAGGAAUGCUUAAGGGGUUGAGUAAACAAAAUCUUGAAUAUGCUUUAACAGCUAGGUGUAAAAUCCUUUAUUGUCUUGCAUUGAUACUAUGUGAGGGAUAAUGUGCAGUCAUCCGAUCAUUAUCACAAAACACACCCGACAGGGGUGAAAAAGACCCCUAUGGGGGUCUGAAGGGGUUUAUUUCGCGAUAACAACCAGCUGACUGUACAUUAUUUCACUUGCAAGAAAAUAUUGAUUUUUUUAGAUUACAUUUUUUAUAAGCUAACCAGUGACCAAUUGACCAAACAGUCUGACCCCAUCUUUUACAUGAAUUGCACUCAUGAAUACUGCAACAGCUGUGCCUUUGUCUUGCCCCAUCGAUCUAUUCUUUUGAUUCUGAUUAUAACCCACUUCUGUUGACCUGAUGUUGGCUUGGUCCAACAGGGGAAGGAAUGAAACAAAUUCAAUUAGUUCUCAAAUCUCUCUUUUUUAAGACCUUGUUAUUGUCCUUGCAUGGCUUAAUAGGGAACAUGAAUUAGUAAUUUGCGAUGGAAGAGUCAUCGGGUCACAGAGGUGCUAAUAUUAUUAACACGGCCAGAUUGAAAUGAAUCUCGCCCUUUCCGGUCAGGUCAUCACCCAGGAUGCAUCUCUGGAGCCUUGGUGGAAGUGAAUUCAGGCUUAAAAAUGCAAAGUGUAUGACGACUCGGACAUUUGUGGUUGUGUUGAUCUCAAGACCUUGUGCUUGACAUAAUGUGCAGGUUUCUUUGUGAAUGUUUUUAAGGUGUGUGAGCAUGUCUGAUGUCAAGUGUCAUUAAGUUUCAGUGGUGGACGGGUAUCAGUCUUUAUUUUGCAGAUGUUUGCCUAGCGUUUAACGUUGCGUAUAAAAACUCAAAGCACGCAUUAGCUGCAUGCCACAUCAACAUCAUCAUUCAAGGUUUAAAAGCAAUACUCUCUAAUUGAGAAUUGACACGGUCAAUAAAAAAUACAGAGCAUACCCAUGUGAACAUUUUUUUGUGAAAUCUGAAGGAAAACUUGAGAGAUCACAAAAUCCACAGUAAAUCCAAUUAUUAGCUUACAGAAAAAGCUUUCUUGUUUAAAGGAUACAAUGAUAAAAACGUUAGCAAAAACAGGCUUUCUAGUAACAUCCACAAAUAUCUCACAACAAAAUGAUAAACCCCCACAGUAUGUUUCUGCCCCAGUUUAAUUCAUAUAUUCCACCCUCAACCAUCAUUAGCCCUUUUGAAAUUUCAUUUCUUUCUAUUUAACAGCCCAAAAGUUGUUGUUUUUUACAGUCUUUGUAUUCUUAAACUCAGUUAGAUGAGUUUGCUGAACAGCCUCGAGGCGUGUGUUAUUAUUUGAGAGAUACGGCAAUUUGGAAAAAGUGAUGUUGGAAUGUUUUGUUAAAGUAUAUUGUCAGAUUAUGGGAAUGAAAAUAAUUUGUGGUAUUAUUUCCUGCUGAUAAGUCGGUAAAUGUGUACGUUUGUGUGUGCGCAUGGUCUCAUAGAAAGCUAUGACUAUGAAAACUGUGACACAAAACCAACACGAGUACAAUCUAUACUAACUAUGGUUACAUACUGUCUGGUAUAUGUACAAGUAGUAUUAGGUUUCAAAUGGGUAUGUCCAGUGAAAACAAAAUCGCUGUAUGUGUACACAUACAUACAAACACAUGCACAUACAGAGUUUUACAAUCUACACAUAUUGUAUAAGUUUACAGACGCAUACAGUCUUAAAAGUGCCCCCCUGGCACUUAAACAAAGAGUGAUUAUUUUAUCUAAAGGAAGGUGCCAAACAUUUGUAAGAUUUGUUUGUUGUUUAUAUACUUGUUAUUUAUUUGUCAAAUUGACAACAUUGUUUUAUGAUUGAAAUGACAGUCAUUGUUACAGUUGUUGUUUGUUUGAUGUGAUGUAAGAUGGUUUAUUUGUUUCCCAGAAUGCCCUACAGACCGAGCGUGAUCAAGGCCCGGGAUGCUUUUGCAUAAUUUUGAAUGGUUUUGUUCGAGUCCUAUAUCUAUAAAAUUUAUUUAACCCACAAAAUUCCUUAUACAGCCCAGAUAAGUAUUAUUUUAUUAUGCAUUAUUUAUAUAUACCGUACAGAAUUAUGAAUUGUAUAUAAAUGCAAGCUAUAUAUAUAUAUAUAUAGGUUAUUCUUUUCUUUUUUUGAUUGAAUGAAUAAUAUGAAUGCAUCGAUUUGCAUAAAAUGAAACUUUUGACAAAAGUUGACAUAUUUUGCAGAUGUCCUGAAAGCAACAGUCUUUAAAUGCCUUAAAUUUCAGCAGAGGACAAAAGGUGAAGGUUUAUACAGUAGAUUCCCGCAGUAAACUUCCGCUUCUCUGUUCUGUUGUAUCGCGGACUGCCGAGUUUGAACAUCAUCCUCCCACUAAUAAAAGUUUUGAAUAGCGAAAGACUUCCUGCCCACGAUUCUCCAGCCUUCUUCCAUAUUGUGCAUAGAGAUAAUAAGCUUUUCAAACACUAACAUUGUCCUCUGAUGCUCUUGUCAAAUUCAGUUGCGUGUUUGCCGUGUGAUGAAGACGUUUUUCUUUCCAGGCUGAUGUAUUGUGCCGGGGAUUUCUCGUUCAUAUCUCCAUUCCGCAUGCUUUGACUGAGGCGUGUGUGUAUGUGUGUGCUCAUUUAGGCUUUUGGCGCUUUAAAAAGUGAAUUCGGUAGAUGAUUAGGAAACAUGGAAUAGUUUUCCUGUUUUAAUGAACUAUACACGCUAUUCUGCACGCAGCGUUUUAAUCAGGCCCUUUCAAACCCUCCGAUUACACGGGGGUACAAAGAAUAAAAAUCAUGUUAUUCACGCCCUCCACGGUACCACUCAGUGUUUAAUGCAAAAAGACUGAAAUCACUGUAUUUCCAACUGCCUUAUCUUGAGACGAGUAUUAACUCAGCAGGUCAACCAGGACCUCAAAGGAACCCGCUGAGAUCCAAGCUCUAGUUCGGCAUGUCUUUCACUCAAAUCAUUUUUAUAUGAAACGAAAGUGAGCCUGGUGUAGAGACGGAUAUACUUAAUUAAUGCGUCCGUGAAAAAUGAAAUAUUCUCACUAUGUAGUAUUCAUUAAAUUCACGUUCACAGUCGUUUAUGUGUUUGUGUUACUGUCCUGUUUAUGUGACUGAUUCAUUUGUAUUUGUAAAAUGUCAUCUAAAAUAACACAUUUUUUUAGGUGACAUCACCUACGAAAAUUAACCAUGUUUUUUUUUGUGUUUAAAAUGUAGUAACCAUGUUUUUGGGUGCAUUGAUUACUAUUGGCCAGACCAUUUUUACUACAGUAACCAUGAUUUAACUACGGUUUUUGAAAACCACGGCUAUUUUGUGGUAACAAUGGUUUUACUACAGUAACCAUGUUUUUUUGGUUUCAACUGUGUUUUUUUAGUUAAGGCUAGUUAAGGCACAAUGAACUAGCAUGAAUAAUUGUAUUGCCAUUAACUAUAUUGCCCUUUGUUAGUUCAUGUUAGCUAAUGCAUUUACAAACACAACCUAAUCGAAAAGUGUUACCAUUUUUUCUAUCCAUCUCUAUAUUAUUCUUUGUAUAUUCUGUACAUUUCACUCCCAAACGUGUCACAUUAUAGAUGUACAAUAUACAGUAGAUGUGGAUGUCAUUCCGUGUCGACUAAAUUUAAAACGUAAUUUUAGUUUUUGAGUGAAAGUUAACUUUACAGAUGAGCUUUUUUAGUGUAAAUUGGCAUUUUCUUUGUCCAGCAUCACCCUAUGGUGUAUUUGCGUCUCCAUGUUUUCUGUAGGACAGGGUUGGGUCUUGCGAUGUCAAAGGGAAACAAGAUAAUUCAGCCCUCUGUGAGGUUCAUGCUAUAACGCUACAUAGACAAAACUUAUUAGUUUUUGUUUGUUUGUAAGAAAGCAGAGAGAAUGUGAACAUGCAGGGAAUGUGUCCUGAAGCAGAACCCGGCCCGUUUCAUUUUUAAUGGCUUUAGACAUUAAACUUUCUCAGUGCUGUCAGGUUAUGAAAGAUGUACGCACACCUCACACGAGCACUGGGGUUUGUGAGCCUGUGUUAAGGAAAUGAUCUUUAAAAGGGUAUUUUAGAAAUUUGCAAUGCUUUUCACUCCGGGCAUUUGGGAGGGAUUAAAAUAUCCCGCCAUAGAUUUUCUCUUCAGCGUAUUUAGUUAUUACCUGUCAAUACUUUUUCCCUGUUAGAUGAAUACAUUUUUCGUUUUUAGUUUACAGUGUCAGCUUUACUGAGAGUCGACUUUAAUGUAUCCGGCUCCUUGGAGUAUGAAUGAAUAUAUACUCAACAUUUACAUUCAUCACCAAACUGCCAUUUCCUUACCGACCAAGGCGUGUUUAAAAGCUCCUUGGUUUUACACAAAUGUAAGUGAGUUGUGCCAUACGUCCGUUUCACAUGUAAGUCAAUCAAUCUCUUCAUGGCCACCGUAGCAGGUUGCGUUUCCCUAAAGCUUGAACCAUUUUUAUUCAUACAAUCCGGAAACAUUGCAUGGCAUUUUGGGGCGUGCUUUGAGGUUGGUAUUGCUAGAAAUAAUGUGGAUACAGUGUUUCAGCCAUGAAAACAGGCUGAGGAAAGCGGUGAAUAUGCAACAAAGACGUUUGUGCCCCGCACCGCUUUCCAACAACAUUUGUACGUAGCGAAUGUCUUUUGAGUACGAGAUCGUGAGAGAGAGAGAAAGAGAUAAAUGCGAAAAAUAGUUUCGGUAGAAUUGCAGCUGAAACCGUCUAUAAAGACGAAUCGCUCAAAGAAUAAGACUAAAAACAUGUAUUAAGAAGAACCGAUUAUUUAAAAUUAAUAUUUACAAAUACCUAAAGCAGCAUAUUUCGGAUUGUUAGUUUUGUAAUUUUGUUCAUUUGUCUUUCAUUCGUUUGUUUCUCCAUGACUUGCUGUUGGUUUUGCUGUUGGUUCUUAACGUAAAGACCCCAUGAAUCUCUCUACGAUCCCUAUCAUAGCCAUUAGCUGACUCAUAUUAGCCAAGACUCCAGAUAGUCAAGUAACAUGGAGCCAAAUUACAGGAAUAAUCUCAAUAUUACUGUAAUGGAGACGGAUAGCCUUUCAUUUUCCUUUGACAACUACGGCCCUCUUUUUAGCUCUGAAUGACUGAUAAUGGCAUAAUGCGUUCUCACGUUUCUAAAAAUACACUGUCCACUUCAUCUGAUUAAUCGCUAACAAUGCCGAUUCCGAAAUGAUUUAUUUCUUGCUAUCUUAGCUUCUUUUUGUUCUACCCGUGUCUUGCCCCUUAGCUUUUAGCGGAAUAAAUGAAAUUAAUUUCCCAAAUAAAGAGGAUAAUCUUGCUCUCACAGGAGCCUGGCCUGGCCUGGCGCUUUCAUUACGGGUCUGUCUCAUCGCUCUGACUCAAUUUGAGAGCUUUUAAUGCUGGGGGAAUCCGGCACAGAAAGUAGCUAAUGCUAUAUCGGCUAGCUAACCGUAGCGGUGCUAUCAGUUAUCUCUGACGCUCAGUAUCUUUUAAUGAGGUUUGCAACGGCGUUGUAUAAAAUACUGAAUUCAGAAAGGAGCUAAGAAGGAUUAGGGGUCAUCGGAGUUCAUGCUAAAGAUUUGUUGUGUUGCUAAUUCAGGUGUGACCUAUUUGUGUUCGUUUCUGAUAGCCUUGGGUUCAGAAUUGUUAUGUUAACAUGCUGUGUAGUUGCUAACAUGUUGUAAAUCUGUUUCGUGUCUGGCAAUUAUUUUUACAGUCAAAUGAAUGACAAAGGAUCACGUAAAUGUUGCAUCCUUGUCGUGCCGCCAGGAUCAUGGAAAACAUAGUUUUGUCACAAUCAUGUCGCUUCAUUCACUUAGCUAAACAAGCUGUUACUUCUGGCUAAAUUUCUCCAUUUUCCGUCAAUUCUAGCCUGUCUUAGUUUGCUAUGUGACUGGUGUGCGAGUGACUGUUAAUCAUAUGAACGCAUCUGGUUACUUAUUUUCCAACACUGACAUUUGACGGUCGUCUGUAAUUUUUCGAUCAGCGUGCGCUCAGCCUCUUGCCGGGUGUGAUAUUAUUUGGAACGUGUCUAAUUCCAGCGGCCCGUUAAUGAGUCUGCGGCCAGCGUGUGGGAUCUCGCUCUCUCCGCGCGGAUAAUGCACCAAGUAUAAUCAUCUUGAAGAUAGCUGAGCGUAGCUAUCUGUUAUAUCCAGCCUAAUAACCCCUUCACGCUGCCCUGUAUGCAUUACAUUUUUCCAUUUUCACCUUUUUGGAUUGACUUGAAAUGAAAUGCGAUUUAUGUGAUAUUGCCAGUUCCUCCUUACAUCAUAUUUAAGUCUUAAGUUCAUUAAAAAGCAGACAUCGUUGAUUUCUUGAAUUAUCAAGACAAAAGCCAGCGGUUGCCCGUAGUUGUGCCUGAAGCAGAUCAAAAGGGCAUUUUGGGAAACUAUCAUUUUUCUUGUCUAUGAUUCAUAUCAAACUUGAUUUAUGUGUAUUUUCUUUCUUUGUCAAGUGUGCCAAUCAAGUUUACAAUGUUUAGGUUACCUAUCAGAAAGAAGUCAUUUACUAUGUCGAAAGAAACUGCGACACAUCUGUGAAUUUUGUAAAGAAUAUAUGACUGUUUUUCUACCCAGCUUGUUCUGUAUAUCAUUCUAUCGGGUGGGACCGGAGUGUGUUCGGGGAGGGGUGUGGGGUUUGUUUGUGAAACGGUCGGGGUCGUGCAAUGAUCUGUAUCUAAGAUGAAAAUAUAGACAUGAGAAAACGACAUGAAAAUGAAAUAAAGUGUUAUAUUUGCAUGAUUUCCUGUAUUUUCAAUGAUCCUAAAAACUUAUCGUUGUGAAUAUUGAAUGGACGUAUGUCAAAAACGCUAUGAAACUCAUUUUUCAAAGCUUUUCCUGUGAUGCAUUUUAUUUUGACCUUUCCGCAGCGAUUAUUGAAUUUUUCGUAGCGUCUCAUUUACCAUCGCAUUUAAAUUUGUUUGCAUUUCUAAUUUAUUCAGCUGUGGCAGUGAAUUAAUCUUAGAUCAGCACAUGGUUAAUCUACGUGAACUAUUGAAAAAUGUUUUCUGUGCACUUUUUAUUUACCAUGUUUUUUCGCUUAGUACUUCAAGGGUUCAUUGACAUGCGUCCCUGUUGAAACAAAAGAGCGGCCAUUGGUCAGGAUACUCAACCCUUAACCAUCAACAACAAAUUAUUAAAAUUAGCAAAAUAAUUACCAAGUAAUGCUCACCCACUGCCUCCUACAGUUUCUCCCGAGCGAGGAUAAAUCGUUUUGGUGUUCCAUUUGAUUGUUUAUCUAAUUAUUGCACAUUUACUGUAAUCCAGAUACAAAUGAUAAACUGAAACGUGCGUACCGGUGUAAAUUGCUUCAGCGUAACCUGUUGUUUUAACAACACAUUUGGUGUUUGUUUGAACUUUGACCUGCUGUUUGUCUAGUACAUAUUUAACCCCUUUCAACAUUGGUUUCGUACACUGAAUCUUUUACCUCAGUUGACUACGGUAAAUCAUCCCCUGAGAGUUCCUCUAGUUAAAUUAGAAACUGCUUUGGCGUUAUUUAGUGUUUUCAUAACACACCAUGAUAAAUGAAGUUCAUACGUUAUUGAUGUUGACAUUGAAGGUCUCAUCCUCUACGGGGUUCUCAAAAGAGCUGUAUAACAACAGCGUCUCGGAACAAGACUGUCAAAACAAGUACAAAGGGGAUGAUUUGUCAUCUCUUUCGAUUGGUUGUCAAGAGAAAUUGACAAAGUAAGUCCUCCGACAGUUGAUCAAAGCGUUGCACGUCAACUACUCCUAGAAUCUUUCUAUAGCCCUCGACUGGCCACUUUAAUCCCAACACUCAACUCAACUUGGAGAUCUGUAAAUGCCAUGUAUAGUUUAGUCUAAAAUGGGGGAUGGAGGUCAUAAAACCUUCGAAUUCUAGUAAAGAGUAUGACGGUCCAAAUUCAAUCCACCAAACCAAAGUUUGUUUACGGAAGUUGUGCCACUCGGCGGCCAUGUUUGCAAUGCCGCUGGGCAGUUAAACGCAAGUCCACAGUCGUAUCUACUUGAAUGGGGAAAUGCAGAUAUUUUUUAAAUCGCUGGCAAAAAUCAUAAUUAAAUAGCAUUUGUCUUGAAUGAAAUGAAAUGUAAUGAAAGCUGAUAUGAACUGUACCAUAACUUGGGUUUGCUAAGCUCAAAUUGCGCAAAAAAUCACCUUUUUCGAGAUCACUUCAUCUAUUGUGCAUGCGCACAUGCUGGCAAGCGCCUCACGAGAGCCCCGCCCCAGAGAAUCGUCAGUCAAUACUGAUUGACGAUUGGGUCGUUUCACUAGAAGGCAGGACUUCCUUCGCUAGAGCGGUCAUAUUGAGCAUCGCAUUCCUCCCCAUUCGUUGUAAUGGCUGUGGCGCAUCUUGUUAAUAUCAAUAUAUUUGACCUAACUAAUAAAGUCGAUUGAAUGGAGUUUUUCUGUAACCCAUACAACCCUGGGGUAUUAUCUCGUAAAAUUUCUCAAAAGGCCAUACGACCCUUGACAGUGAAUCUUGUUUGGGCAACCUGGAUGGUAAUAUAAUCAAGUUGGGAAAACGUAAGACCUACGUCAGUUGCAUCUGAAAACAAAGCUUAAAUUCAUAUUGAUUCAAUUGGAUUCGGCAUCCAAAUUUGAUCGAUGAGCUGGUGUUUGUCCGCCAUAUAAUUAACUCCUGUCUCUAGGAGGUCAUUGAAAAAAGCGUCAAAAGUCAUAUUCACACUAAGAAAGAAGCACCCGACGGAUCUGGGAUCAGUGUAAAUGAAAUGAAAGUUCCUUCUGGACCCAUAAUGCAGUUGAUGUUGACCUAGCUUCCAUUGUUUCAAAUGACAUUUUUUUUGCCCCUUGUUCAUUCUGUGGUGAUGUUUUUCUUUAUCUUUCAAUUUCUGUACAAAUAGAUCUUUCUAUAUUUACAAUAAAUUUGUAUAAAAAACAUUGCCAUUCUGUGUGACGUCCUAUCCUCAUAAAUGUUGUAUCUUCUCUAUUUACUGUAAAGAUUCUUGAUCAUUUAACACGCCAUGUUUGUCUAGAGUAUAAAUAUGUUGUUCCCAUUUCCAGACUAGGUUCACUUGUGUGUCUGAGCCGGGUUUCAAAUCCAACCUCAUUAUCUGGGCCCCACGGGUUUAGGUUUUGUAUAUUUUUAUAUUGUAUUAAUUUAAACCAUGGUGUGUUUAUGUUGUCAACAGAGGACACUAGCUACAGUAUAGCAGCGUCUGUUUACCACGGUGUCAAAAAGUUGGAAAAAGUUGGCUUGCGAAUGACAGCAUGGUACCACCACAAAAAUAACCCAGUGUGCAGUGGAAGUGAACCACAGUCGAUAACGUAUAAUUUGUAUCUCGACAUUCUCCCAGUCACACUAUAUUAUAAUAUAAUGGCAUUCUCACCUGCUUAACGAUGAAUGAAUUGCCCUCGGAGAUCAGCCCGCGUUCUUUCCAUCUGCAAC